AAUAAAAUCUAAUCGAACCGAGCAGGCUAAGGAACUGAUUUGGAGAAAGAUUUGGUGCUGUGGUGAAAUGCUCUGACUGCUGUUGAUGUUAACAGUUACUUCUAUAUGUUAAUUUUGUGCCUCCAGAAUUUGUUCCGAUAAAUCAUCCCAUCUACAGGAGAGUACUCGGUCUGUUUCCGAAAAAUGAGCACAAAAGACAAGGAAAAUACCUUGAAUAAGUUGAAACAAUUUUUUCGCAUUUCAAAAUCCAGCGGAGCUUCUCAUCGCGACAGAAACUUUUUCCCGAUUUCGCCGGAAUUAGAAAGAGAGCUUCAACCGGAAACACCGGUAGGUCAACGAUGCAAAGCAUUAAAAGAUUUCAGUGAAAAUGUCCUCAAGUAUCGAUUAGAGGAAAAUGCGGUGCAACAAUUAUGGCAGCUGACGAAAGAUUUAAUAGUGGCCAAUAAAUCUACUGAGCAGCGGCAUGCUGCAUUAAGUUUCUACUGCAAACUGAUCCAGGGGCAGUAUGAUAAUCUAAAACUAAUGCGAGCACAAUUUUUCCGAGUAAUUGUCUCUCACGAAGAGCCAGAGGAUAUUCCCUAUCGUUUGGAAAUGCUAAAAAGUCUUACUGAGAAUGGAAAAAAUAUUCAAUAUUUUGAAAAGGAAAUUGGUUCCUUUCUUGUUCAGUGGAUUCCUCAAAUUGAUCAAGCCGGAUUGAUUAUACCUUUGUUGGAUCUAAUCGUGAAUCUAGUAAAGUAUAAUGCCGCUAGCUUGGAGAAGAACUUUCUAGUUGGUGUGGUGAAUUAUAUUUUCGACAUUACUUGUAAAGUGGAAGAGACUCAAACCAUUUUACUUUGUUUGUCGGUGUUGGAUUGCUUCAUUUGUUAUGCUAUCAUACCGAAUGAAACACUGACGCUGUUUAUCGUGAUUCUUUGCCGGACAGUAAACCGGGAAGCGUACUGCCAGACUUCAUGGAAAAUCAUGAAAAACCUGUUCGGAACCGCGCUGGGUCAUGCGACACUACUGACCAUGUGCAACAUUUUGAACGACAAAACGUUCUAUCAAGAUGAGGCACUACUGCGGGGUGCCAUAUUUCACACAAACGUAGGCCUGUGGGGCGUAAGUGGAUGCCCAAUUCCAAUACUAAGUUGUUCACCGUCGAUAGUGUUAAAUAGUUUUUGGAAUGCAUUAAAAAGCGAACACGUGGUUGUGACCUACGAAGUCAUUCUUAGCAUACAUCGGUUGAUUCAGAAAAGCGGCGCAGAACUGAAUGAACCAACGUGGGAUAUAGUUUGUGACAUUAUGAGCGAAAUCUCCUUCAAUUUGGCCAGACACAAAUUACCGCUUGAGAACAAUGUGGUGAAACACUUCCACGAAUCGUUGGAUCUAAUUGAGGAGCUGCUCCAGCGAAACAACAUCAACGCCGAUCCGGAGAAAAUCUACGGACUAAUAGAGAAGGUGUCCAACGAUCGUUCGGAAACUUCGGUUAAAAGACUGAUAGAAUACAUGACAAAGAAGAUUUCGGCUACACGGCCACAGUGGCUGCUAGAGCUCUGCUCUUUUAUGGAUCGUUUCUACAAGAUGAAAAACACAAUGAUUCGUGUGUAUGCCGUUCAAGCGUUGGUCCGGAUUAUGCAACUAAACCGGGCAGCAUACGAAGAGGAAAUUUUGGAACGGAUUGUAAUGGUACAUUUUGCUGGUGUAAUUCACGAAACUGAUCCCGAAGUUAGAACUGCCGUUGCAAAGGCAUUGAUUGAGUUUAUAGUACACUGCGACACCAAGCGCUGUUUUGAAUUGUUUGAAAUUGUUGGAAAAAUGCUGCAAAGGCCUUAUGAUUUACACAAGGCUGCUAUAAACUCAGCCAGAGAUGUAGAGGAUAUUGUCGUACUGGUUGAAGGACUGAUUCGAGUUUUCGGCGUUAAACUUUAUCGUUUACCGUCGACUCAUGCGAUUAAGACUUACCAUUUGCUUAUGCGUUCGAUGGAAGCUCACUAUGAAAAUCCAUUUGUUUUUCAGAAUGUAAACGUUGUAAGAAUGAAAAUUUUUUCAUGGAUGAUGAAGGUACGAGCAAAUGGUUCGUUUCACGUCGGUUACCCUGAUUUGGUCAACACAAGUAAAAUACGAUUCAGCUACUAUUUAGGCAUUGAGGGACCAUACCAACAUCAAAGCAUGCAACCGCAACAGCAAUCAAGCUUGCCUCAACAGACUCAAUCUAACAGCCAGUUAAAUUUAGCACAGCAAGAUGGUGCAAAAGCAAUUGAAACCUCUAUUUCGACGAAUUUGACAACAAUUUCAAUUAAGCGUGGAUGUCAAAUUAUCGUAACCUGUCUCAAUGAAGAAAAAGAUUGGCAAGUUAUUCAGCAGGUUCUCAGUGAGCUGCCGAACAUCAUGGAAAAUAAAGCGCUGAUACAGGGCAACGAUGUGGAUCUACUGGCCAAAACAUUGCUUCGAAUAUACAACGAGCGGCCGAAACUGGUAGAAAAUCAAUUUUUUUAUCCAAACAAACCAACUCAAUCCGACAUUCAGGACUUAGUUUUACCAGCAUUAGCAAGCCUUGCUACGUAUCACCAGCAUUUAGAGUUUUUGACGAAAAAGAACAUUAUUGAAGCGCUUAUACUGGGAUUAAUUUCAAGAAGACCUCAGGAUUGCAUUCAAACUUUUACAGUUCUACUGCUCGAAAUGCCAGAUCCUUUAGGAUCGAAGCUAACCGACGUGCUGUUCGAGCUGAGCAAAAUGGCUAAUACAACGACUGUCGCUAUUCCGGUGCUGGAGUUUCUUUCCACACUGAGCCAUCUACCAAAUGACCGAAUCGCAAACCUCCGCUUCCUAGAUUACAUGUACGUAGUGGCAAUGUCUUUCCCGUAUACGAACCCGUAUCGGUACGACCAUUAUACUGUUUCACUGGCUCAUCACGUCAUUGCUGGUUGGUUUCUUAAAUGUCGACUACCAGUGCGUAAAAAUCUUGUCGACUAUAUUGUGAAAGGGCUAGAAUCGUAUGUGCACACGCCGUUCCAGGAUGGCUCCAAACCACGAGCUGAUUUCUCUCAAAUCAAUGAAGACUCGUCGAAUCGCAAACGCAGUUCAAGUCUCACCGAACAAAGCUCCAAGCGUAGAGGUGCAGGUGAUCGUGGAUCAAUUCAACAACAAACUUCCCAACGUCCUUCGAAACCGAAUAGCGACCUUUACAACUUUCACUCCGAGUUAGCCGAGACUUGCAUUGAUUUUAUGGCCAACCAUACAUUCUCGCCAUGUGGUGGAAUGUCAAAAAGAAGUCCAGCUGCAAAGUUUCUCCUUCGUGGAGGUCAAUCCAACACCUGGUUGGUGGGUCACAAUCUAAUCACCAUCACCACUAGUGGGUGUUCAGCUGUUCCGUUUCGCAACGGGCUGUGCGAUCGAUGUUAUCAAAUGUGCAAAGAACACAGUACCAAAUCGGAAACAAGUACUGUCAGCACCGGUUUGCCACCGAUGUCACCUGAGUCGAGUGUCGCGUCCAACAAGGACUCGGGUGUGGUAGUACCAGGAAGCAGUAGCGUCCCGGUAGCCGAAAAUCAACCAAUCAACAAAAGGUAUACCAAAGCAAGUUUGCAACAUAGUAGCAGUGCAAAUGAAUCGGACAGUACAGAGCUAACCAGUUCGACAUCUUCCUCGACGGCUGCUACACCUUUUCCGCACCUGGCGUCAACGGCUGCUGUAACCAGUCGUUUCUUCCGCCAGGGAUCUCAGGAAGGUUAUUCAUCUGGUUCAUUAGAAACGUUAUCUCGUCGUGGCAGUAACCCGGAUGCGAUCGGCGACCACGCUGCAGCAGCAACCAGUUCCGAUCAUCAGCAGCCACAAACAAAUUUAGCAGUUGCUCGUUCAGAAUCUGCUCUGGUAACAACACUUGGCAACAAGUUGAUACUACCGCCACACCAACAACAGUCUCAGCAGACUGGUGUGAAUGGUGGUGGAGUCGGUGCUAGUGGUGUAACAGUCGCAGGCGGACCUAUGGACAAACCUAUUCAACUUUGCGCUUGUUUAUGCACAGGGUGGGCAGAGAUUUGUAUUCGGCGCCCAACUGGCGUAUUAUCUUGGAUGAUGCGAGUUCAAAACCAAUUAAUUUAUGAUUCCGCCAUGGGCGAAUUUCCAUUACAAGAUUUGACGGCUUUGUUUGUCCCUAGCCUGGGUGGCGGUAUAGUGGGUGCCGACUUCCUUGGAAAAGAUCGAAGGAAUCCGUCAAAUGGAAACCUGAGUAUUCCAGUUACCGCUGGAGUCUCUACGGCUAGUUUGUUUAAUGAAGAAACGGAUUAUAAUGUUAACUCAGUGCAAUCUGGGCAGUCGAGCAAUUUUGUUCCCAAAGCGAAGGUAUCGAUAUCUGAUGAAGUAUUUGAAAUUCGAAAGGAAGAAGAAAGUAGUGAUGUGGGAGAAGAAGAUAUGUCCGGAAAUACGUUAGUUGAUCGGACCACGGGCGCCGGCACUGGCCCUAUCGAUAUUCCUCGGCAAGUCAAAAAUGAUGAUACGGAUAAACCAGUUGAAGAAAAAGACGAGGACGAUGAUCCUGACGUGGAAUUCGAUGAUCCUGAAGGAAGAUCAAGAAAUCCAGUUCGUAGGGUAAAUUCAAGCCCUGAAAUGACUUCCAAUUGGAAGGGACAGUUUACCGGUAAACCAACGAAGGAAAUCUCGACCGGUCCUACGAUUCAGGCUACUGAGACUUUUGAAUCGGUCCCAGAAGGUGAGAGUCAACAAAAGAAAAAGAAUUAUGGAAAGGGUGUUAGUUGUGAAGCUAUUCCUGAAGAAAUUGCUGGAUGUACACCACCCAACGGGCCAAAAACAACGGUCUCGGGCGACUCAAAUGAAAGUCUUACAGUCCGCGCAUCAGGUAAUGUCAAGCACCAAGCUGAUUUUACUACUUCCGGGGCUAGUCUGCACCCGUCGGCGUCACUCCCGGAGUCAUCCGGAUCAGAAAGUACCAACACCAUAACUCCAAGAAAACAACAUUCAGCAGAUGAUGCAAUAACACCCCGAAUGGAACCUACCAGCUCUUCAAAUGAAGCCAUUGCGUCGCCAGCAAUGUCGCAGCCAAUCACGCAAACACUUUCAUCUACGUCACUAAAUCUUAAACUUCCUAUGGAAAAAGUAACUUCUAAACCACCACAAUCUCCAGCUCCUUUAUCGCCUCGUUUAUUAGCUCGAAAUCCUAUGAACGGUAAGCUACAUUCAAGUUCAGGGACAGCUUCUCCUUCAUUCCCAGCGAUGUCUGGAGGUGGGAUGCAUUCCAACGAAAAUGAUAUCCCCCGAGGCCGUUCUAAAACCAUAUCUGUCGUUAGUGAGCACUACAGUCGAGACAAUCUCAAGUGGGGACUAAACAGAAACACAAGCUCUGCUAGGUUUCGUGGGGAGCAAUCUACAGGAGGUGCGGCAUCUCGAUCAGUCAUUAGUCCUAGUUUUGUUUUUCUUCAGCUAUAUCAUAGCGGUCAAUUCAAUUCGGCAGAUAGACCCAUACUCAUGGACAAGGAAACAGGCGACAAAUCGAUACAUCUGCUCGAUUUGAUUGCACCCUUUGAAAAGCACAAAAUAGGAGUUCUGUACGUUGGGGCAGGGCAGGUUGGCAGCGAAACGGACAUACUGAAGAAUCGGUACGGCAGUUUGCGGUAUGCGAAGUUCCUUCAAAAGCUGGGCACCCUUGUCGCAAUUAAGGAAGCCAAAGAACACAACUUCUUCAUCGAUUUAGAGUGCAACGGAAAGGACGGAAACUUUACUUACAUCUGGCAGGACGAUAUUGUUCAGGUGACUUUCCACGUGGCAACUCUCAUGCCAAACCAUAAGCACGAUCCUAACUGCAAUGAGAAGAAAAAACACAUCGGAAAUGACUUUGUUUCGAUAGUGUAUAACGAAAGUGGAGAGGAAUACGAUUUGAAAACCAUCAAGGCACAAUUCAACUAUGCUUGUGUGGUCAUUGAGCCAAUGGAACUGGAAAGCAAUCGAGUGUUCGUACUUGCUAAACCCGACAUAGCACAGCACGUGUGCAGCAAACCUAAAGUUGUAUCCGACUCAAGCGCUCCUCUACUGGCCCGACAGAUGGCUCUACAUGCUAAUCUCGCAUCAAUGGUUUCGCAAUCGUUGAAAACCAAAAAUCAAAGCCCAUAUGCAUCGAAUUGGUUAGAGCGGCUACGAAAAAUCAAAAAUAUACGCGCAAAAAUACUGAAAAGCUUAGACUCACACGACCAACCUAGCAGUGGCAGCCGGUCUGCUGGGGGAAGUGUUGGAUCAGCUCAGGAUCUCAGCACACCUUCGACCACACGUGGUUACGACUUUACCAUGUAUACUCAAUAACGCAACCUGCUGCAUCUCGAACUGGGACGAGCCUGUAGCCGCAAGAACUCGGAAGUCACUCUAGAAAUCAUCGUUGGCGAUCAUAACAAGUAGGCUAUAAUAUUGUUUCCAACAAAAAUAUGUUCAUAGAAC